AAAAAGGGCCCACUCACACCGUCCCCGACCGACUCACCGGCCUCGCGUGCCGCACGAGCCGGAGCCGGGAGCGAUGGAGGAAGCAAAGGCGGCGGCGUACUACGACGAGCUCAACCGCAAGGGCGAGGGGGCCCGCCGCUUCAAGCAGGGGCUCGGCUUCUCCUCUUCCUCCGAUGCUACCUCCUUCCCCUCCAAGCCCACCGCAGCCUCCUCCUUCCUGUCGGGCUUUGUCCGCGCUGGCGCCGCCCCCGCCCCCACCCAACCCUCUAAUCUCGCCAAACCGCCGCCGCCGCAUUCUGAGCGCCCAUCGAGCACGCGGCCUUGCUCCCGUUCACCGCCUCCUUCGCGUUCCAGGACCCGGUCCAGGUCCAGGUCCCCGUCUCGCUCGAGCCGGCGCCGAUCGAGGUCCAGGUCCAGGUCCCGGUCGAGGGAGCGCAGGCGCCGGUCCAGGUCUAGGGAGAGGGAUCGCAGGUCUUCCCGGAGGCGCUCUAGGUCUCGGUCGAGGUCGCCUUCCCGUCGGAGUGGCAGGAGUUCGCUCUCGGAAGGCCGGCGGGACCGGCAUGGGGACCGACGGCACGACGACGGCCGUGAUAGCUCGAAGGCCCGCGGUGGUAGGGACGGCGGUAAAGUGGACUACUCGCGGCUCAUAGAAGGAUAUGAUAGAAUGACUCCAGCUGAGAGAGUUAAAGCAAAGAUGAAGCUUCAGCUCUCAGAGACAUCUGCAAAAGAUUCCACUCUCGGAACUGCAUCUGUGCGGUGGGAAAGAUUUGACUUUAAUAAGGAUGCUCCACUUGAUGAAGACAACGAUGAUGUUGAAGUUGCUAAUGAUGAUGCUUCACUGGUGAAGAAUAUUGGUAAGAGCUUCCGGCUUUCUGCUGUGGAGUCAAAGCAUGAAGAUAAAGUCAGGGAUGCGCAUGAGGAGGCUAUAUUUGGAGUACCUACAACUUCGUUUGUUAAUACUGAAGCUGAUGAGGAUGAGCUUAAAGCCAAUGAUGAGGACAAAGCUGAAGAUAUAGAAGCUCAACCCAGCAGUUCCCUCAUUAGUGACAAAGUUCUGGCAAUGCAGAAGGGUUCGUGGAGAGAACGGGCUCAGAAGUUGCGGCAGGACUCUAAUACAUGAAGUUUAUCCUCUCUGCCCUGCUCAAGUUCAACUUUGCUGGUGUGUAACUGUGACCUCUCAUAUUGUGAAGGAUCGAAGUUGAGAAUUUGUAACCAAAGUUGAACCCCUACCCCCCAUGUUGUAUGUAUCUGACUAUCUUCUGUGUAACGUACUCCUACUAACAGUAGAUUAUGGUAUUCUCUGCUUAUGGAUCAUUUGAACAUGAUAUUAAGGCACA